AGUAUACGGACAGUGAUCGUAGUUCGUAACAGAGAUGGAAUAUUAUACCGUGAACCCCGAAUAGUGGAAGACGAAAUGAUCAUUCUCAGGAUAACAGAAAGAUGAGGGUUGGAAAGAAAAUGAAAUGACUGACAAUCAAAUUGUUUAAUGCCUCUUUGAGUCAUGAUUUAGUCUUGUAAACCAAUCUAGCGGUGUUUUCUUUUGUCGGAGAACCCAUUCCCUGCAAAACAAAGGCAGAAUGAUACGCGGAACUACAUUUUACUUACCGCUUUUGUUGAAUUGUGUAGGUGGCAUUGCCCGUGUUUCGCACUGUAAAUAAUCUUAUUUGAUUAGAUUUAUUAAUUCGCGUGCAAUGAGGUAUUAAUACAGUAUAUCUAGUUGUGACUUCGAGGAAUUACAAAAAGCAUCUGGACAGCGAAUUGGAUCAACUGAAAGACUGAAAUGAGCCGCGAGCAAUUGUCUGUCUACUGAAACCCAACGAUGUCAACCUGACUUUGGAAGGAAAACGGAUCUCUCCUCCAUGCUAAGAUGCUGGGUUCUUCAGUUGGACUAAGAACAGCAUCUGAGGCAUCAUGUUUGGCAAGAGAAGAGCUCCAGUAACGAUGCCUAAACCCGAGCCUGCACCCCCUGUGGAAGAAUGGUUUACUCCACUGUCGUUCCCCCUGUGGAGGCAGGGGAGACCAAUAAAGCCAGCAUCUGCUGCCUCGUCACGGCAGGGCUGCUGAACCUCUCUGACCACCUCCUCCACGGCCAGCCUGACACGGAAGACAUGUCUAUGGAAAACAGCUCAUAUGGCUCCUCCUUUUCACCUCUGGACCUGGACACAGUCACGCGAACAGCCGAGGCCCAGGGGAGUGUUCAGGGCGUCAGCCUGCCCCUCCAGGUGUUCUUCUGCAUGGCCAUGGUCUCCAUCCUGUUGGUGGCCUUCCUAGGGAACGUGGUGGUGGUCCUGAUGGUCUACCAGCGCGCCGCCAUGCGAUCCGCCAUCAACAUCCUGUUGGCCAGCCUGGCCUUCGCAGACAUGAUGCUGGCCGUCCUGAACAUGCCCUUUGCCCUGGUUACUGUGGUGACCACACGCUGGAUCUUCGGGGAUGUCUUCUGCCGAGUGUCGGCCAUGUUCUUCUGGCUCUUUGUCAUAGAGGGCAUGGUCAUCCUGCUUAUAAUAAGCAUAGAUCGGUUCCUGAUCAUAGUCCAGAAACAGGACAAAUUGAGUCCCCACAGAGCCAAAGUGCUCAUAGUCAUCGCUUGGACUGUCUCCUUAUGUUUCUCUUUCCCACUAGCCAUAGGCCACCCAUCACUCCAGAUCCCCUCUAGAGCUCCACAGUGUGUGUUCGGCUACACCAGCGAGCCGCGUUACCACGCCUACGCGUUGCUCCUCAUGCUGGCCUUCUUUUUCAUCCCCUUCAUGGUCAUGCUGUACACCUUCAUGGGGAUCCUGAACACCAUACGGCACAACGCCGUGCGCAUCCACAGCCACCCGGACAGCAUCUGUCUGAGUCAGGCCAGCAAGCUGGGCCUCAUGAGCCUGCAGAGGCCCUUUCAGAUGAACAUAGACAUGAGCUUCAAGACGCGUGCCUUCACUACCAUCCUCAUUCUCUUCUCGGUGUUCACCGUAUGCUGGGCGCCCUUCACCGCCUACAGCCUGGUUUCCACCUUCAGCAGCCCCUUCUACCACAAGGCCAAUUUCUUCGAAGUCAGCACCUGGUUCCUUUUGUUGUGCUAUCUCAAGUCGGCCCUCAACCCUCUCAUUUACUACUGGCGGAUCAAGAAGUUCCGCGACGCCUGCCUUGACCUGAUGCCCAAGUAUUUCAAGUUUCUUCCUCAGCUGCCCGGCCACACAAAGCGACGUAUCCGACCCAGCGCUGUGUAUGUGUGUGGGGAGCAUCGCUCUGUGGUCUAAUAACACUGGACUGACUUGGAGAACACUGACUUCACUGCCAUGUAGGUUUUGUUUGACCACUUAUCCAAUUUGUUCUCGCCAGUCAAAUGAAUGAGUUGAGACUGCGGUUUCGACAGUAUAUUUUAGCUGAGUAGAAUCUGUUUACAAAGCAUGUCAAUUAACUGCUUCAGUGGUUUUGAAUAUGGUCAUAAGGCCACCAAGAUUACAUUUUGUCAUUGAUAUUUCUAUGUAAUUGUUUUGUGCCUAUUAGUUAGUCUAUACCAGUCAUAAUGCUGCUACAUCUGGUGAAAAUUUGCAAUUUCAGUGUACUGUACUUGAAUCUAAUAAACAUUUUUGACAUUUCUUACCUUGUUAAUACAGUCUUUGUUUUUUACUUCUGGUUUACUUCUUUAUGUCUCAUGUUAGAUUUCAUGGAAGUUUUCUGCAAUUAUACAAAUGUCAUAAAGGCAGAGAAAUGUCUCAAAUGUUUGACUCAGA